UCGCAUUUGAUCCGAAUCCCCCCAUUCCCAAAACGACGGGGGGUCCUCUCCGACGGCGAAUCCCUGCUGACGCGAAGCGAGAAUUUUCUCCACGCUUCUUCUCCUCCUCCUUCAGCUUCUUUAAUCUCUCUUUCCGUCGCUUUCUCGAAUUAAACUAGGAUCGCUGGCGGUAUCUGGCUCGACGGUGCCUCGUCCAUGGGCGGAGUCGUUGGUGGGGUUUCCGCAUCAGUUCGUUGCGGCCUCCCUUUCUCCUUUCUCCCCCCUCCUACUCCUCGCGGUUGGUGAUGGUUGACUCCGUCCGAAGCAAUCCGCCCCUUUCUUGCCGAUUUUAAUCGCGAGGUUCGGGCGUAACUUGCAAGCUUUGGGCUUUGGGUCGUUCCGUCUUGCCUUCAGGGUUGCGUUCUGAGGCAAUGGGUGGGAGUCGGAGAGACAAGUGGUUUCUUGGGAGUACGGCGGCGGCGGCUGUGGUGGUGGUGCUUUUUGGUCUGGUUCCACCUUUGGUGGCUCUAAGGCCCCUCAGGGAGAGGGACUCUGCAGCUGGUGGGGGUUCUUGGGGUGAUGAGCGACUUUUUCUUAGAAGCUACGAAAGUGACUUGAGUCCUUAUUCUGCAUGGAACAUAACAGGAACAUAUAAAGGAAGAUGGAACUUUGUAGAGACCACAAAUGGAUCCUCUAGGCUUUUUGAUUUUGGGAAUUCUAAUGGUGAAUCAGUUUUGGAGUUGGUGAGUACUUCGACAAAGAUAAGUGGUGUACACUAUGUUCAGGGAGCAGUCACUUUUCAUGACGUGUUUGACAGCAUGCAUGAUCAUGUAUUUUCCAAACUGAGAUUAGAAGGAGUAUAUAUUUGGCCCUUCAGGCAGCUUCGAAUGGUAGCCAGUAGUGGAGGAGAUGGCAAGGCACUUCAAGAAGAAGAUUACUUUUUGUCCAAUCCAUAUCACUUGCUUGGUGUGUUUUCUUCUCAAGUACUUCAAGAAUCUCACCAAGAUAAAAUCUGGAGGAGAAAAUCUUUAAAUUAUGAUGUGGAGAAACAUUGUAAUAUAGAAAUAGCUGCUCAAGUUUCCCGCACAUCUGGCCAACAUGUACAUGGAGAUCAUGAACGUUAUCAUCUGGAGGGCUUAUUGGAGAGUCCAAAGGUCGAUGAUGAUGGGGAGUGCUUUUCCCCCAUUUUGUUGAAUGCUACCUCAUUGAACACUGAGGUCUACUACAAUAAAGCCGUUAAUUAUACACUGAUGGUCACCUUUGUCUCUUUCCUUCAAGUUCUGCUGCUAAUUAGACAAAUGGAGCAUAGCAAUACCCAGUCUGGUGCUGCCAAGGUUUCUGUCAUAAUGAUUGGACAACAAGCUAUCAUGGAUGCGUAUUUCUGUCUUUUACAUUUGACAGCAGGAAUCUUAGUUGAGUCCCUUUUCAAUGCUUUUGCAACAGCAGCAUUCUUCAAAUUUGUUGUUUUCUCCAUUUUUGAGAUGAGAUAUCUUCUUGCCAUUUGGAAGGCAAGUAGACCUAUGAAUAAUGGAGAAGGUUGGGAGACUAUGAGGCGUGAACUGUCAGUUCUAUAUAGCCGCUUUUAUGGCAUUCUUUUGGGAGGCAUUCUAUUGAUGUAUGAGCUGCACAAUUUACUACGCCCCAUUCUUUUUGCUAUGUAUUCUUUUUGGAUACCCCAAAUAAUCACUAAUGUCAUUCGGGAUACAAGGAAACCCCUGCACCCUCAUUAUAUAAUAGGCAUGACUCUCACUCGGGCUGCAAUUCCGUUAUAUGUAUUCGGUUGCCCAAGCAACUUUUUGCGCAUACAGGUUGAUAGAAGUUGGUGCAUAUUUUUGGGAUUAUUUAUGGGAUUGCAAGCAUUGAUUCUUCUGCUUCAGUAUUUUCUUGGAUCUCGGUGGUUUAUUCCUCGUCAGAUCCUACCAGAGAAAUAUUGCUACUACCGGAAGCUCGAGAACGAUACUAAUCAGAUUGCUGAUUGUGUUAUUUGCAUGACUGGUAUUGACCUCCUCACACAACAACGAUCCAAUGACUACAUGGUGACACCAUGUGAUCAUUUCUUCCAUACUGGAUGCUUACAGAGAUGGAUGGAUAUUAAAAUGGAAUGCCCAACUUGCCGGCGUUCCCUGCCACCAGCAUAGCGACUAACUACGUGCAGGAUAAUAGCACUUGGCUCGAUAUGUAAGCAUGAUGGGCUUUGGCAUUUCUUAAUUACUUGUCCUUAUGGCAUCAGGAACGAUCGUAGGAUAGCUUUCAAAGGAAAGAAAAUGAAGAUAGAAAUUGAUAGCAACACAUGAGAGACUUGUAUUUUCCAUGCAUUGUAUAUUAUAAUGUUGUAUCAUCUUAGGCUGCCGGCAGAGUUGCCUGUGAUUAUGAAAGGGAAGUCAAUAUAGAAGCACAGCAUGUAAAAAAAGUGUCAAGGCGGGGUUUAAUGGGAACGAUUAUUUUCUUUUACCACGAUGUUAAAGUUAGUACAUAGUGUUUGAAA